AUGGAUGAAGAUUUUGAUGAUGUUGUCAUCGAGGGUAGUGAUUUACACAAAGCGUUGACUGAUGUAGGAUUCACUGACUUUGAAUCUACUUAUGUAGAUAGAAAAGAUUUUAAUAAAACUGAAGAAUUUCCAUUGAUUGUUGAGGAAACAUCAAAAAUUGAUUAUACAUGGAGAAAUUUUUUUAUGAGCCUAAAACAGCCAAGAAAAAAUAGCUAUGGAGUACAAGAACUUGAAAUUAUCCUAAAAUUACAGCCGUUAUUAGACGAUCAUACUCUAAGUAUUCAAAAUAUUUUGAAAGAUAAAUCUCCAAGUAGACUGAGGUACUCGUUGUGGUCAUCAAUUAUUUUUUCUUCAGCAAUCGCAAGUGCUCUAGCCUACCAGCAAUUAAGAACUCCUGUGAUUGUAACUUGCUCUGUGAUAUCCAGUAAUUUAAUAUAUAGCUAUUACUGUAAAAAAUCAAGACUUGACAUUCUUGAAAAUUUGGUGUCGACUCAAAAUAAUAUUUAUUUGCAAUACAAGAAAAUAUUAAAAAUACUGAAGAAUAAUUUUUGUAUCAAAUUGACUAGUAAGAAGUCUCAAAAAAAAUUCAGUGAUUUGGAAGUACCGAGAAUAAAAUAUCUAUUGCCAAUGUGUGAAAUUUUUACAAGUUCAAUAGAAGUAAUUUCACAUUCAUACUACAAAAUAUCAUUGUCUAUCAUAAAACUACUCUCUAAAUCAUCGGAUACUAAAAAUUUAUUUAGUAAUUUUGAUGAAGAUACUUUUAAUAUCAACGGAGAGAUAACUUACGAAAGACUCAAGCAAUUUUAUUACAUGUACAUUUUAGUCCAAUCAGAUAUGAUGAAUCUUUUAGCUCUCCUUCAUCAAAAUGACUUUAAGAAUCAUCAAUAUUUAGCAAAUAAAGUAACUAAAUUUUUAUUAAAAUUACUGAAGCCGUACAGUGACAAAUUGAAUAAAAUUAUUGAAGAAUAUAAAGGCAAUACUAAACAAGUCUAUCGUCAAUUAAAAAAAUCAAAUGUAACAAAGUGGCAAGAUUUGUACAUAAAUGUAGACUUACUAUCCCGGAAAAUUCAGUCAGCUUACAACAACAUUUCGUUGAUUGUUGACGACCUUGAUGACUGCGCAGACUGCGAAGAAACUGAUGAAUUUUUAAAAAGUCUGAUGGAAAAAAUGAAUGACGUUUACAAAGAAAUUGACACUGCAAGAAAUUUCGCUGAGUUUAAUAGAUUGCUUAUAGGUAAAUUUUUGAAUAAAUCUGUAAAGUCUAAAGACGAGGAUAAAGUACCAGAAGUAGCUGAGCUUGAAAGAGUUCCAGUAGUGUUUGAUGAAGACCCGGAAAUUAUUGACGAAGUGUUUGAAGAAUAUAUCAAAGAAGAGUAUUUAAAACCACUUUAUCAGGAUAAUGAUGCAGAUUCGCUUGAGCGUGCUAAGCUGGAUAAACUUCUUGCGAAGAAUUUUAUGAGUGAGUUGAAGGAAGUCUUGAUUGAUAAAUAUAAGAGUAUGUCUGAGCGUGAAGCUCAAGCGCUUUUGAGGUAUAGAAAAACUUUGAGAGAUUUUAAAGAUGUAGAUGAAGAUACUGAAAAUAUUAAAAAAAAUGAGAAAAUUAUUUCACAUAAUGAAGAAGAUAAAUUUGUGGAAAAAGUUCAUUUUUCAUUGCCGCCACCACCCCCUCCAUUUCCAAUUGAAGGUGAUAGUUUAGAAAUUAAACGACUUAGUCGUCCUCCAAUUCCAUUACCGCGCUCAGUUAAUUCACCUCCGAUGAAUGAUGUAAGAAAUAAUAAAAUUGAUAAUUUCGGGUCGAUAAUUAGUGUUCAGAGUGAAAAAUUAAUAAAUAUGAAUCGUGGAAUAAAAUUUCCUGGUUUUAUUGACGCUGAAGAGGAGACCUUUGUGGGGAGCGGCGAAAAUUCUGACCAAGAACUAAUUGAUGAUGAUCAAGAAGACUAA